CUACACUCCUCGUGUUGUCAUCCGAACCGGGAAUUGCCUGUGCGUUAGGAACGAACAGUUCUUCCACCAUCAGCUGACAUGGCACCCAAGAAGGACCCCAAGGCGCCCGUCAAGAAGGCCGAGCCUGCAGCGGCCCCCGCACCGGCACCGGAGCCCGCUCCCGCUCCCGCAGCGCCCGCCGCUGUCGACCUGUCCGCCGUCAAGGUGGAAUUCAGUCCAGACCAGAUUGAUGACUACAGGGAGGCCUUCGGUCUGUUUGACAGGGUGGGGGACAACAAGGUGGCUUACAUCCAGAUCGCUGACAUCAUGCGCGCUCUGGGACAGAACCCCACCAACAAGGAGGUCGGCAAACUGCUUGGAAUGCCCUCCCCUGAAGACAUGGCCAGCAAGAGAGUCGAUUUCGAGGGCUUCCUCCCCAUGCUCCAGAGCAUCAUCAACAGCCCCAACAAGGCGGUGCUCGACGACUACGUUGAGGGUCUGCGCGUCUUCGACAAGGAGGGCAACGGCACCGUGAUGGGCGCCGAGCUGCGCAUCGUCCUCGCCACACUGGGAGAGAAGAUGAAUGAGGCUGAGAUCGAUGCUCUGAUGACAGGACAGGAGGACGAGAACGGCUGUGUCAACUAUGAGGCCUUUGUCAAGCACAUCAUGUCUGUGUAAGGACACCCGCCGCUGCGGUGGUGAGCAUCGUAUGUGCAGACCCAUGGUGUUGGGACAUCCACUCGCUGUUUCCUGUGCCACCUGGGAAGCAGGGGAACAAAGGACUAUGAGAUGUCAUUUCUGAACCCUUUUGUUUUGUUCUACACUUUCUUUUGAUUUUUUUGCCAACCGGUGCUUUUUUUUUUUCUUCCCUUCUCCUCCUGCUGUUCGGCAAGCCGUCCUGAUUUCCACGAGAUUUCCUCAUUUUCAUUUCACACCGUGUCUCUUUGGGGAUUUCUGGUAUCACUGGCUUUCAAAGUGGAGCAGUGAUGGAGGGGAAGAUGGGAUAAUGACGACCACCCCCCCUCCUUUCAUUUGGAGCCUGGCCGACUCCAUCUGCCAGUGAAGAGACAAGUUUGCCCCAGGACUGGCUAUAAAAAAUAUAUACACUCCUUACCCAACCCUUCCAUAGGUCUUAACUUAUUGUAUCCUCUGCCACAAUAAACCUUUCACAAAC